CCAAGAGGGGAGGUCAGGACUGGUAGAGUUAGACUCCACUUGUCCUGAGAAGAGGAGGCAGCAGCAGCAGCAGCAGCAGCAGAGCGAGGAUGGCCUGUGUGUUCGGCUGAUGAGGGGACUGAAGUCGGACCAUGGACAAACUAAAAGGUCCCGCCGUAGGAUGCACCACAGCCACCUGUGGAUGGAGAGCCCUGCUCCUCCCGCAGCUAAACAGACAGUCCCUGUACAUGUACGGCAGCGAAAUGGCCGUGGAGAAGGAGUGCAUACGACAGCUGCAGAGCGGAGUCUUUGUCAUCCACCCGUUCAGCCUCAUGAGGAGUUACUACAUCAUGUGCAUGAUGGCCAUCACAUUUCUGAACCUGAUUGGGAUUCCCAUGGAGAUAGCGUUUCUGGACGGAAACAGCGGGCUGGCAUGGGAGGGAUUUAACGUGUUUUCAGACACGCUGUUCCUAAUAGACGUGGCUCUGAAUUUCCGAAUGGGCAUCAUAGAAGAGGACGGCGAGGAAGCUAUUCUGGAUAUCAAGCGGAUCCGAGUCAGUUACCUGAGGACAUGGUUCAUACCGGACGUCAUAGCUGCUUUCCCAAUUGGCUACAUACUGUUGUUUGCGGACUUACAAUACCACAACGAUGACAACCCCUCCAAGACCAACAAGAUGAUGAGGAUACUGAUGUUUGUGCGGAUCCUCAGCCUGAUCAGACUGGCUCGAGUGUCCAGAUUGGUCAGGUUCUUCAACGAAGUGGAGAAACCUUUAAUCGGCUACUGGAGGCUGAAGAGUUACUACAUCAUGUGCAUGAUGGCCAUCACAUUUCUGAACCUGAUUGGGAUUCCCAUGGAGAUAGCGUUUCUGGACGGAAACAGCGGGCUGGCAUGGGAGGGAUUUAACGUGUUUUCAGACACGCUGUUCCUAAUAGACGUGGCUCUGAAUUUCCGAAUGGGCAUCAUAGAAGAGGACGGCGAGGAAGCUAUUCUGGAUAUCAAGCGGAUCCGAGUCAGUUACCUGAGGACAUGGUUCAUACCGGACGUCAUAGCUGCUUUCCCAAUUGGCUACAUACUGUUGUUUGCGGACUUACAAUACCACAACGAUGACAACCCCUCCAAGACCAACAAGAUGAUGAGGAUACUGAUGUUUGUGCGGAUCCUCAGCCUGAUCAGACUGGCUCGAGUGUCCAGAUUGGUCAGGUUCUUCAACGAAGUGGAGAAAGUGUCAAAUGCAAACUUGGAGGUGGUCCGGUUGUUCUUCCGCAUCUUAUCUCUGUUCAUGAUGAUUUUCCUGCUGUGUCACUGGAACGGCUGCAUCCAGUACUUUGUCCCUAUGCUGGAGGAGUUUCCCACAGACUGCUGGGUCCGGAAAGAAAACCUGAUGAAUGCCACAGUGAUCGUGAAGUACUCUUGGGGAGUUUUCCGAGCUCUCUCCCAAAUGAUUGCUCUCUCUUAUGGCUCCAUGGAUGCACCAACAAAUUAUGUUGAAUUGUGGAUGGUCAUGGUCAGUAUGGUGUCCGGCUGUCUGAUGUACACCGUCCUCGUGGCCAAUGCUACAACCAUGAUUGCCAACAUUGACCCAGCAGCCAAGGAGUACAAGAGCAAGAUGAGCCGUUUGGAGCACUACAUGACCUUCAUGAAGCUGCCACCAGAGCUGCAGCUUCGUAUCAACAACUACUACCAGGCUCGCUACGGGGGGAAGUGGUUUCAUGAGAAGGACGUCAUGGACACAGUGUCCUCAGCGCUUAAAGAGCAAAUCUUGAUGGUGAUGUGCAGCCGGCUGCUAAGAAACGUGCCAAUGUUUCAGAACAGAGAUGAAAACUUUAUCAACGCAGUCCUCCUCAAACUGGAGUAUGAGGUUUUCCUAGAGGGAGAUGCCAUCAUCCGACAGAACGUCCCAGGCGACCGCAUGUUUUUCAUCGACCACGGCCAGGUCCUCAUGGAGACUGAUUCAAACGAGAGGGAACUGUGUGAUGGAGACUUUUUUGGAGAGACAUGCGUGCUGACCAAAGGCAAACAUCUGGCCACAGUGAAGGCACUGACCGACUGCCAAUGCUUCUCUCUGUCCUGGGACGACUUUCAUGAGACGCUGGAGGGCUUCCCAGAUGUCAAGAAGGACUUAGAAAAAAUGGUUCAGCUGAACUCGGAUUGUGGACUUGUGUAAGACCAAAAGCAGUAUAUGGACUUGUUUAUGCAAAGGACAAGAGAUAUGGAUAUUUCCAGGACACUGUAACUAUGUGAUGGACAAUAAGACUGUGGCUGAUUCCUCAUGUGGACCCAAGUUGGACAUUUAUUCAUUGAUGGGAUGGACAGUUUUAGAGCAUUUACUAUUUUCAUUCUGAUGGGAAUUAUUCUGUCUUCUGAUCCAUCAGUUAUCAGCAAUAAUCAAAGACCUCAACAGUAAAGACGGGUCAAACGUUUGAGCUUCCUUGUUGAUGCUGCAAUUUAGCAUUGAAGUAAAUACAUAUCUUAGUGACAUAACAAGAAAGAUUCAACAAUCAAAACAAAAGGGAAAUUCUGGUUUCUUACAACUUGGGCUUUAUUUUCGUUCGUCGUCUAUCCAUCCAUCCAUCCAUCCAUCGUCAACUGCUUAUCCAUGUACAGGGUCGUGGGGGGGCUGGAGGCAAUCCCUCUUUUGGCCAUCACUCAUAUCAAUAAAAACAGCAUUGUACUCAUGUUCAUUGCUGAGAUCUGGGAACAGGGCAACAUUGCUAAAACGUCAUACAACUGGGCAAGAAACACGAGCAGUCAAACAGCAAGUCAUCAUGUUAGCUAAAGUUAUUUAAACAAAGGCAAACCACAGUUAAGCGACCAACCAUUCAAUUUUUAUCUACGGUGCUUAGCAUAGUUUUCGUGUGCAGUGGAAGAUUAUUACUUAUCUUAUUAUCAUUUCAGAUGCACUUACGUUUAGUUUAAUCUCAAAAUAAUAAUUUAGAUAAUCUGACAAAACACCACCUGUCUGAUUGUCUGACUUCUUGUCUGUUUGAACUUUAAUGUCACUAAGUUGCCCUGUUGUCAGAUCUCAGCAAAUACUUGUGAGUGCAAGGCUAGCAGCUCUAUGACGCAGCGGGGCUUUUACCUAAAUGCUAAUAUCAGCAUGCUAAGAUGCUCAUGACAAUACUGACAUGUUAAUAUUUUAACAGGUAUAAUAUUUACCAUGUUCACCAUCUGUGUUGUACAUUUUGAUCUCAUGGACACGCUAGAUAGAAAUUUCAGGGGAUCAUUAUAAUUAAUUCUCUAGAGAUCCAAUAAUGUCUGUGCAACAUUUCAUGCAAUCCAUUCAAUAUUUGUUGAGAUAUUUCAGUCUGGACCAAAGUGCUGACCAGCCAACUCUAAGGAUGGCUUAGAUAAGACCCAAGUUGAAAAAAAAAAAACUAGAAUUUUGCUUUAAUUGAAAAAAAAAAACUUCAUGUAUGUCAUUUUUAUCUUUUCUCUAAAAUGACAUUUAUUUAGAAGUAAUAUUACACAAGACAUGUUAAUGCCACUGUGAAAGCAACAAAAAUAAAGCCGAUACUGUAA